GGCUGGGAGAAACCAGGACCGAGUCGGGACUGCCCAGGUGGAGCCGAAGCCCCAGCCAGCGCGGACCGGCAGGCGCACGGGCACCGCGCCGGGCACCGCACCGCACCAUUCCGCGCGGGGCAGAGCGGAGCCGCAGUCCCCCGCGCCGCCCAGGACCCACUCGCCACCACCGCCUCCGCAGCACCCAUGGGGACCAGGAGACUUUAAAGGAGUUUGGGGUUUCGAGAGCAGGGAAAUCACGGAUCCCCGCUCCUGGCCCUCACCUCGCCGCGUCAUUGAUGGGCAACCAACUGGACCGCAUCACCCACCUCAACUACAGCGAGUUGCCCACAGGGGACCCGUCGGGGAUCGAGAAGGACGAGCUACGGGUCGGGGUCGCCUACUUCUUCUCGGAUGAGGAGGAGGACCUGGACGAACGCGGCCAGCCCGACAAGUUUGGCGUGAAGGCCCCCCCGGGCUGCACUCCGUGCCCAGAGAGCCCCAGCCGCCACCACCACCACCACCUGCUGCACCAGCUGGUCCUCAACGAAACUCAGUUCUCCGCCUUUCGGGGCCAGGAAUGCAUCUUUUCCAAAGUGAGCGGCGGCCCUCAGGGCGCCGACCUGAGCGUCUACGCAGUCACCGCGCUGCCCGCGCUCUGCGAGCCCGGCGACCUGCUGGAGCUGCUGUGGCUGCAGCCCGCGCCGGAGCCGCCCGCGCCCGCCCGGCACUGGGCCGUCUACGUGGGCGGCGGGCAGAUCAUCCACCUGCACCAAGGCGAGAUCCGCCAGGACAGCCUGUACGAGGCGGGCGCGGCCAACGUGGGCCGGGUGGUGAAUAGCUGGUACCGCUACCGCCCGCUGGUGGCCGAGCUGGUGGUGCAGAACGCCUGCGGCCACCUGGGCCUCAAGAGCGAGGAGAUCUGCUGGACGAACUCGGAGAGCUUCGCCGCCUGGUGCCGCUUUGGAAAGCGGGAGUUCAAGGCGGGAGGGGAGGUGCCGGCCGGCACGCAGCCCCCGCAGCAGCAGUACUAUCUCAAGGUGCACCUGGGUGAGAACAAGGUGCACACGGCCAGGUUUCACAGCCUAGAAGACCUUAUCCGCGAGAAGCGCCGGAUCGACGCCAGUGGCCGCCUGCGAGUGCUCCAGGAGCUCGCCGACCUGGUGGACGACAAGGAGUAGCCUGGGGGGGGCCGCCUGCCCCUCCUGUCUUCCCGUGCCCUGCUCCCUUCCCUGCACCCGGGAUUCCCGGCCGGCGAUUCACGACCCCUGUCCCCUUCUGCCGCCGGCGGCCAGUGCCCAGGCUGCACCCUCGCACCCCUCCAGCACGUGGCAGGAAGUCUGAGGAACUGGCCCCGGGACGGAAAGGGUAGCUGUGCGCGCCUGGCUGAGACCCCCAGUGGUGAUGAUGGUGUUGGGAAACCCAGCGUGCGCUUGCCCCUUUAGUUUUAAGGGGGGAAAGGAGAAUGGGCUGGGGGGAGCAGGGACGUGGCCUCCCCCAAGAGUCACUGGUCAGUGACUGUCACCCGAUCUACUAGAAAGGGACCAUCACCGCCCCAAACGCGCACACAGACCCGUCGGAGGUGAGAAUUGAUCUUUUCAGGGCACAGUUCUGCUCCUGUAUGGAUGUGUCCCUACGCUGCAGGAUUUCCAAGAAACCCAGCCUGUCCCUUAUGCACUUGUGAAUAAUUCCACAAGAGAGCACUUGGGGACUCUGGGUUAUCCCGAGGCUGCCCGGACUCUUCCAGCUCUCCAGCCCCAGGUCUCCUGACAUUGUAUUCCAGGCUCCGGGCUAAGCUAAUUAGUGUUUGCUUCCUAUCCUUUCCACCGAGGGAAGCGAACGCCACCCCCACCCGCAUUUGCCUGUGAGUCUCCCUCGCGGGCAGAAGGGAAGCCUUCCCGGUCCCGGGAGGAAAAUGGCGCAGCUAAUUUGGUGAGGAGAGCCGGCCCCGCCCCCGGCAAGGAGAGGGUUCACCUGGUGUCUGGAAACUUGAAUUUGUGGAGAAGGGCGCUUGUUGUUCUUAACCCUAGAUUGCUUCCCUCUUUGGGCUGCAUUUCAAAAACAGUCAUAUUUUUGAAGGGGUUUGAGGAGAGGGAGGGGGAAGACAUGGCAACAUUCCAGAAACCAGCAUUGUUAACAACACCAUAGCCAGUAUAUUUAGUUUGGCUUUUCCUAACAUAGAAAUCUUAAAAAGUGGGGAAGUGGAAAAAAAGUUUUAAACAUGAGAGAGCAGUUUUCCAACUAUGUCAACAAAGCCUAUCGUGUUGAUGUUUUUAUUGAUCAUUUUAGCAACAUGCUAAUAAAAUUUCAAAUUGAAAUUUUUAUUUUCAUGGCUUUAAUCCAUGAUAGUUUAAAUACUGGGGGCCAUUAAGAGUGGAUUUAGCUAAGAGCUUAGCUAACAUUGCCUUUUCGCUCUAUUUUUCUCAAAUCUUAUGAGAAUUCUGUUUUUGAAUAUUGUAGUUAAUUUUUUGGCUUGAAAUGGCAGCCCUAGUAAUGGUGGAGUUGUUAAUCAAUGUGUAUACUGUACUGAAUUUCUGUCAUUUUAGGGGUUUACGGCUUUGGUGGAAAUUGCUAGCAGGUUCCAUGAUGUUUCUUUUCUCCAUGUUGUAUACCAUUACAUUCCACAUUUAUAUUUCUGUUUCUCUUCCUCUCCCCUUGAUCUCCUUAAAAAGGAAUCUAGAGUUGGUGGCUUUUUCCCCUCCUCUUUAGCCAGUCCCACAGCUCAUUCCUGAAAACCAGAAAGGACUCUUAGGAUCAAGACAAACCUGUGUUUUUCAAAAAAUUAAGGCUGUUUGGAACCCCUUCCUUGGGCAAUGAUUUACCAACUUCUCUUCCUGUGCGGCAGCCCCAACCUGACUGACUGUUACUUGAUUCAGUGUGUUAGACGCCUACAGCAUCUGUGUCCCUUUCAAGGGAAUUUGUCAAAUAAUGGUGUUUAGCUAAUUGUUGCAAGCAAUUGCAUAUUGACAGCUGUGAUUUAGUUGGACAGCAAAUAUUAUGGCCAAAGCCAGUUUCUUGGCAUUUCAAAAAUAAUGCAAUAAAAACUAGUCGAGGUUAGCUGAGACUGGAAAUGCCUUUUUCAUGGUAAAUGAUUCAUUUCUGUUUUGUUUUUUUGGUUUUCAUCCUGGAUUCAUUCUCUGAUCUUGAAUCAAAAGGUCAGAUCAAUGAAAUAUGAACUAGAGUAUUUUUCUUAAGCCUAUUGAGUGAUUUAUUUUUUAAAAAAUGUUUAAAUGCAUAUGCUUUUCUUUCAGCACAUACAAUGGCAAAACUUUUGUAAUAACUGACUUACCUUUGCAUGUGUGGAGAACUGAAAGUCAUUUAUUUCCCUAACUUAUUCCUCUUUCGAAUAACAGAUGGCAGAUCAUAAACUGAAAUUCUUGAUUGUAUCUACACACUCCACAUUCUUUACUGUGUCCUACUACUGUAUCUUGGCUCUCUGCUGUAUUAAACACCAUCCUAAGCACUUGUUCCAA